GACUGGCGCAGACUACGUGCAGACGAGCCGCCACGAGCCCAAGGCGAUCCUCGAGCGGGCCCCAGCAGCGCUCUGGGCAGCCCGUGCAGAUCGUCUACGACCACCCGUGGCACUGGGGGGCGUACGGCACCACCGCCUGUCCGACGCUGCACGAUCUGGAGCUCAGCGAAGACGAGUGCAGGUCCAUCGCGUCGAUGGACAUGAACUCAGACAGGAGCCUGGCAGUGCACGUCGGUAACCCGUGGCCCGUCAGCAGCGCCACGAUACCGAAGGGCUGCACCGAGAGGAUCGGGGACGCUGUCCCGCCGCUGAUGUAUUACAACGCGCACCCCGAGGGCGCUGCCCAUCCCUCGCACAGGCCAGUGUGCAAGGAGGCAGGCUACAGCCUGCACGUCGGGGGGUGCCCCGCCGGCUUCGUCGGGCUGGAGCGCGCCGAGUGCCAGGCCGCGUGCUCGAGCUUCAAGUGGCUGGCCGCGCCCACGCUCACACUCUCCGACGCGCGCCUGCCGAAGGGCUGCUUCGGCAAGGCUGGGCACUGCCACUACAAUGCGCACGCGAAGGGCACGCGCGGCGAGCCCGACACGUUCAGCGUCUGCCUGGCCGGGAACACAUCCGCAGCCGGUGGCGGUGGGAGGUCCGCGGCGCGAGCUCUUCCCGAGGGGCAGGCCCGCCGCGCUCGCCACCACGGCGGACGUCUGCGCCGCGGUCGCCCUCCCGCGGCAGGCCAGGCGCGCGGCGUUCCCUCACAGAGCUCGUGGCGCGCGCCUCCGCAUGCCUCCGGGCGCGCCCGGAGGAGUCAAGAGGGCCCCCCCUGA